CGUUUUGCAGAACCGCAUUUGCUCCGUCGAGUUGACCUAAAGUUUGUUUUGAAAUAAUUUGCAAUAGUGAUGAAAAGUUUUUUAAAUCUUUGAUAAAUUUUACACGAAAACAUUGCCUCGACAUAUUGGUCCUCAAAUUUCGUUACAAAAUGCAUCUGGGAGCGCUGAAACUAGCGCAAAAGCAAAAGGAAGCGAAAAUCGCUGCCGCUUUCCCGAAAGGAGUUCGGUGCCAAAAGUGCCUGGAAUUCGGCCACUGGAGCUAUGAGUGCAAGGGCAAACGCAAAUACGUCCAUCGGUCAUCGAGGACGCAGCUCUUGAAGAAAAACCUCAACAAGUUGGAAAACAAGGAAGUGGCCGCCAGUGCCGCGCCAAAGCCCAAGGAACGCAAGAAAGCAUCCGGUGGAUCGUCAUCGGACAGUUCGGACAGUAGUAGCGACAGUAGCAGUUCAUCGUCCAGCUCAGAUUCGUCGUCGGAUUCGGACACGAGCGACAGUGAAAGUAGUUCCAGUAGCAGCAGCAGUAGUAGUAGUAGCAGCUCAUCGAGCUCGGACGAGGAAUCCUCCAAGAAGGAAGUGCCGAAAAAGCGCAAGAAAAAAUAAGGACGAAUGGUCACACCUGAACACUGGAGUGUAAUUUCAACUUUUUCGAGAAUGCAUAACUGAAUAUUGAGCUAAUAAAUGAACUUUAAAAU